CGUGCGCAUCAACCUCUUGAACUGGCGCUCCAGCUCCCAUUUCGUCACUGCAGCCUUAAAGACUUCCCUCAGGCCUUUGACAUCGCGCCUCUUUGUCCAUCGUCAAUCCUCUCCCGCACACCCUCUCUCCCACGAUCCCUCUGUCGCAAACGCACGGCCCGACCCUUUUCAUCUCAGCGGACCCCAGAGAGCCUGGUCGCACACUCGCUACAGCUACCAUCACAACCCACCAUGGCCGACGCCGGAUUCAUCAAGCCCGACCCUGAGGCUACCGCCUCCCCCGCGAACGCCGAGGAGGAUGACCUCUACGAAGAUGCCGGAGACCUCGAAUUCUUCGACAAGAACCUUCCGAACAGCCCCUUUGAGACUCUCUACCUCGCGCGCGUCCCCAAGUACAUGUGGGACGCGUGGGUGAAGAUGACGGAGCGACUGGGCGACGACGACGAGAUUCAAAUCGGAACACUGCGCACAUGGAACGAGGCCAAGCCUGACGGUGCCACGGAUACCAAGUUGCGCAUGCUGCUUCAUCCUAACUGCCCAGAGCACCAACUUAUCCCCCGCGAGUACGACCUCGAGGUCCUCGACGCAAACGUCAACAACCAUUUCAUCUUCAGUGAAGAGGACCUACCAGGGUUCAAGGCGCGCACCAAGGCGCGCCAGGACGCCUCCAACGCCGGAAUCCCAGCCUCGAUCCUGAGACAGAGAGCUGCUGCUGCUAGCGGCGCCGAGCGACCGACCUAUGACCGGAGGAGUCGAUACCAGCCAUACUACCGCAAGGCGGUGCCAAAACGAACCAAAGUGUUUGGCAAGAUCCACUAUGAUGUCCGUGUGGAGCCCAGAGACGUCCAAGAGGAGGAGCGUCUCUUGGCGCAACGCCUGAUGGAUGCCGAGCAAUCGAAGUCUAAGCUCCAAAUCAUCAGCCGCAACAAAGCAUCCUCCAUCAUCAAUCCUGGUACUGCUGGUGCAGUCAGCUGGGGAGGCAACUUCAUCAAAAACACGGCUCCGAUUGUCAAGCCCAAGAAGGGCGAGGUGUUCAAGGCCGCUCGUAUCCCCAAGAACCAGCUUUUGGAUCUUAUUUUCGAGUGCUUCCGUCAGUUCCAGUACUGGUCUAUGAAGGCGCUCCGACAGAAGCUGCACCAGCCCGACACGUAUUUGCGUCAAGUCCUGGAAGAAGUUGCUGUUCUGAAUAAGAGCGGCCGGUUCGCCAAUCACUACUGCCUCAGCGACGCCUACCGGGACAAGGGUGGCUCGGAGUCUAAGGAAGCUGCGGCGGAGGCGGUUGAUGAUGGCGAUGAUGACGAGGGCGAGGAGAUGGAGGACGUUUUGCCCACGCAGUAGUAUCGUGGAUAAUGUUCGUUCACAUGUCCCAGAAUCGGCAAAACCCGACGGGAGUAUUCUUGUUCCUUUACUGUUGGUGUUUGGGGGUUAAGGCAUUAAGGCCAGGGUUUUUAGAGUAUGAUACCCUUUAUUAUUAGAGAUUAGGACAGAUGAGAAGCCAGCGCAGACUUGCCUCUCUAUGGGCACCUGAUCACCUGUCGUUAAAUUAGGCUUGGC